AUGUCUCCAAAUGUCACUAUCACACACCUAUCCGACCUCACACCCCCCUCCCAAGAACGAACCUGGCUCACAGCCCCGCACCCAACCCUCCCAAUAGUCGCAACCUGCAGUUCAGACAAGACCAUCCGAGUCUACUCCCUUACAAACUUUACCCUCCUCUCCACAAUCACCGGCGGCCACAAGCGCUCCGUCCGCACAGCAGCAUGGAAGCCACACAUGUCGGGGGAGUCCGUUCUCGCAACGGGCAGUUUCGACGCAACAGUCGGCAUCUGGCGGCGGUGGGAUAAUUACGGGCGGGAAGACGGCGCCGGGAUGGGAAUGACCAAUGACAAUAACCAGACCCCGACGGAUACCUCUGACGCCGACAGCGCAGACCGCGAAGAAGACGAAGAAGAAUGGCGCUUCGCCGUCCUGCUCGACGGCCACGACAGCGAAGUCAAGUCCGUAUCAUGGUCCGCGUCGGGGAUGCUGCUGGCGACGUGCUCGCGCGACAAGUCAAUUUGGAUCUGGGAGGAUCUCGACGACGGCGAUAACAACUUCGAGACCGUUGCUGUGAUGCAGGAGCACAGCGGCGAUGUGAAGUGUGUUUCGUGGCAUCCUUCCGAGGAGUGUCUUGCUAGCGGGAGCUACGACGACACUAUCCGGCUGUGGCGGGAGGAUCUAGAUGAUUGGGGCCAGGUGGCAUGCAUCAAGGGACAUGGGGGGACAGUUUGGUUUUUGGAUUGGGAGGGGGAUGAUGCAGAGAAAUGGAACGGGCCGAUUUCCGAUUCCAAUUCUGAGUCCGAGCUGAGCGCUUUACAAGCUCAGUGGCGUUCUCAGAGGGCGCUUUCCGGCCCGCGCCUCAUCUCCUGCUCGGACGACCGCACCGUGCGCGUGUGGCGGCGGCAGCCGAAGGAAUCCCAGCAGAUGGGCGCGUUUUCUUCUGCCACGACGGGCAUCCCGAGUAUCAUUCGGCCUACGGGGACAGACGAGGCUUGGGAGGAGGAUGCCGUGCUCCCGCAUGCGCAUGAACUGCCUGUAUAUGCUGUUGCGUGGAGUAAGCGGACCGGACUUGUUGCUUCGACUGGUGCGGAUGGGCGGAUUGCGAUUUAUGAAGAGCGAUUUGUUACACCGGAGAAGGAGGAAAAGCAGGAUGAUGCGGAUGCUAUGGAUACUGCGUCUAGUGAUGUGCUACGAACGGAGUGGGUGCUUGUUGGUAUUCAGGAUGGGGCGCAUGGGAUUUACGAGAUUAAUCAUGUUGCUUGGGCGAAGAGAGCAGAUCGGGGUUCUGGGGGUGAGGAGGAGGUGCUUGUCUCGACGGCUGAUGAUGGGAGUGUCAAGGUUUGGACUGUGACGCGGUAA